AUGAGCCAACCAAUGAAGCCACUUGAGAGUGGAGCGACGAAUCUGCCUACAGGAAUAACAACCAGUGGACAACUUUCAGUAUAUGCUGCCAAUGCCAUUGCAGGUAUCCGUGACAAUCGAGACCGCGAGAAAAAAGAGAUAGCUGAUUUUAACAACCGACUGGCACAUUAUAUUGAAAAAGUCCGAUUCCUGGAAGCUCAGAAUAGAGUUCUCGAAAAUGACAUUGGAUUAUUUCGCCAGGCGGCGCAUAAUUACUGCAAAAUUACUGCAAAAUUAUAA